ACUCGCGCUUGCUCUCUGACUGUGCCAAGUCCUCCUCUGUUGCAGUCUCCGAUAAUGGCGGGUUUUAAGCUGCUUUUGUUUCUUUCUCUUGUAACCCUCGAGAUCGCUUGUUUCUCUUCUUCAUUCACUGUAAAUGCUGAAGCUUCUUCUUCAUCUGGUUGUGAUGAACUCAAAUCCACCGUCUCUUCUCUUCAGUCAAUCAUAACUGAGAAAAACCAAAAAUUGGUUAGCAAGGACGAGAAGAUCCGAGGUCUGGAGUUAUACAUCCGGGAGAAAUCUUACUUGUUUGAGAGUGAGACUGAUUUUUCUUCUCAAUCUGAGGAUGCGGUGAAGCAUGCGAGUAAAGCAGAAGAAAAGGUUUAUGAGCUUCAGAAGCAGGUAUAUGCACUAAAACGGGAAGUGGAAAUGCAACGCAAGAGAAGGCUGGAAGUGGAAGCUGAGAAAGUUUCACAACCUAGAUCAAAGCUUGAAAAUAUGGAUGGCAAGUGGUUCUUGUCUAGGCUUGGUCUCAAUCCGAAUAUAACUCAGGCAUAUCUAUUGACCCUAUGGCAUCAACAUCUUAGCCCAACUCUUCACAUCACUCUUCAAAAGGUGUCGCAGAUAAUUGACCAAGUCCAAAAAUGGUCAGAGUCUCACAUUGAAACCCUCAAUUCAAAAUGGAUCCCAAGCAUCAAAGAUGCAUGUGUGACAUUUACUAUAUAUCUCGAACCAAAAGUUCAGUAUUUAACCGAUAAGUCCAUCGAGGUGUUAUGUACUUCUAAGCAGGCUUUGACACCACAUCUCAUCCAAGGAUUUGACGCGUCAUACUACUAUCUUGAGGUAAUCAGAACACAUACACACCCAUACACUACCAGGAUUAUGACCAUAACGAAACCACACUUGGAGAGAGUACAACUUGCCUUAGAGCCAUAUACAGAAAACGUAAGACAUGGCUUUAAGAAGUUGGUUAACUCGACAAAAAUCUACCAUCGACAGGCUCAAGAAAUGCUGAAGAACAAUGAGGUCACGAAACCGGUUGCUACCAUGGACUUAGCUUGGGUUGGGGCCACAGCUUUAAUUGGCUUCCCUCUUAUAUUCAUUAUCAAAUUGCUUUCUGCAGUCUCCAAUCCCAAGGGAAAGAAGAGAUACAGCCAUAGAAAAGAACCAGUCGUCGGAUACCGCAGAGCCAAACGCCGUCAUCCUCACCAAUGAAACAAUAGAAGUAUAACUUUAGGAGAUCAAAAAGGUGGUUUGUAUAUACACCUUUCUGGUUUCUCAGACUCGUAACAGUUUAUUAGUUUAGGCUGAAGAAAUUGAGCAGAGCGGUUCUACACAAAACUAUGUCUCUUCUUCACUCUCUGUAGUUAGAAGAAAUCUUGGAACAAAUAUUUUCAGUUUUCGUAGUUUAAUUUUUGGUUUGGCAUGUUAAUGUAGCCAGGCCCAGCCCAACUAGAUUGGUACGAGUCGGAACUGAAAAAAGCCUUUUAGUAUU